AUGCGACGGCUCUUCAGUCACACACUACACAAGCUAAAGAACGAAAGCAAGCUGGAUCUCAUGACACGUGUGCAUCGGCUAGAGUCUGACAAGGACGAGAUGUCCCUGCGGCUGAGCUCGCUGAAGGACUCGUCCAAGCGCAUGGCGCGGUCGCUAUGGCAGCGCACCUACUGGUACUACCUGGCGCUGAUGCUGGUCAUCUUCGCGGUCACUCCACAGGGUGUGCUGCCGGAGGUGGUCGAUGAUAUGUCCCGCAAUGCCACCGCAACGAUGUUGGGUUACCAUCCCAUCGACUACAUGUUUCCGGCCGAGAGGGGUGUGAGUGGGGGCUCGUUGGGCAGACGCUUGGCAGCAGAAGGCCUGCAAAAGCAUCACCCAGUUCUUCUGAUACCGGGCUUUACCACAGUCAGCCUGGAGUUGUGGAAGCCACAUCCAGGUGAGGAGAGCGUUCUGGGGCACUGUGCCGGUCCAGUCCCCCCGUGGAUAGGACAGGUGGCCUAUAUGUUUGAUGGGGUGCGUGUACUGGAUAUUGAGAAAUAAGUGUGUAUGUUAAUGAAUGUGGUCAUGGUGGGGCAUUGGGGUGUAUUUUGAUAUGUAUCAAUACGUAGUGUGU